AUGCGCAGCAAGGUACCCCUAGGCAAGUCCUCACCUCGUCCUCACGAGCAGGUGAAUAACUACGGGCGAAUUAACUCGCCCGGCGACGACAUCCGUGUAGCCAUGGCAAAGAACGCGAGCAAGGCGGGAGGUCCUACCGCCGCCUCCGGUGUGAGCUGUCCUGCCGACAUUGAGGAGGACGAAUGGUGGAAUCAGCCGGUCGGGAGCGACGACGAGGUGGAAGAGCGGCGGGCUGGUGAUUCUGACAACGACGGAGGUGACGAAGCCGACGGUGACAACGCGGAGGCACAGGAAGCGGCGGUGGAUGCGAAUGAGCGUGCCGACGAGGCGGAGGCGGAACUCGAGACAGUUGCGCCUGCGGAUGCGGACGCUGUGGCGGAGGCGGACAAGGUGGCUGCGGACGCCGUCUUAUUUGACGGUGAAGGCUCCGACGACGACCCGUGGAGCCUUGGGACAGACGACGACGUUCCGAUACUGAAGCGGAGGCUGCGCCAUCGCCUAUAG